CAUGUGUUGAACGUUUCACUCUUGGCGGGCCUCCUCUGACUUUUAUUCUCUCGCGUGCAACCUUACGAGCCAUAUGAAGUGUUUCUGUACCCCGUUUUCUUAUUGCAGAUACUAACUGAGAGCCAUGUCUGUGUGUAUCCUACUCAUACUUGUGCUGCAUGUAUUUCUUCCAGCGCAAGCCCAGACGAGUUUCCUCUACAACAAAUUCAAUGCAUCCACCCUUUAUGAGGUCGAAUAUUCUUCAAUUCGCUCCGGUGCCAUUUGCCUAACCAAUCAGUCACAACAAGUGUCUGGCCGAGUUUUAUAUUCUCACCCUGUGCGGAUGAAAGAUCCCAGCUCCACCAAUACGACCUCAUCAUUCAGCACAAGUUUCGUAUUUGCCAUGAUUCCUUUUUCUUCAGAUCCUUCACGCAGCGGGCAUGGAAUGGCCUUUAUCAUAACGCCCAGCAAGUCACCUGUGACAAAUUCUUCAACUCAGUACCUCGGUUUGUUGAAUAAUUCAAACAUCGGGAACCCUGACAAUCAUCUCUUUGCCAUCGAGUUCGACACAAACGAAAGCAGCGAUGUCGAAGACAUCAACGACAAUCAUGUCGGUGUGGAUCUCAAUGACCUCAAAUCUGAAGGACCUGAAACUGCGGGGUAUUGGAUUGGCAACCAAUUUCAUGUACUAGUUCUCAAGAGUGGACAGAAUAUUCAGGCUUGGAUCGAUUACGAUAAUACCCAACAGCAAUUGAAUGUUACAAUAGUAGAAGCUGGUUCGCCUCGACCCCAAAAGCCUCUUAUAUCUCUCAAAAAUAUGACUCUGUCUAACAUCUUCGAAGAAGAAAUGUACGUUGGUUUCUCUGCAUCAACAGGAGCCGUCGUUGAAGACCACUGUGUCCUGGCUUGGAGCUUCAGCACAAAUGGAUCCGCGCCUGAGCUUGAUGUAUCUCAUCUUCCAUCCCUUCUUAAGCGCAAGAAAUCCAACUCAAGACUUAUAGCUGCUAUUACUACUACUCUGGUACUUGUCGUGUUGCUUUUGGUUGCAGCGGCGGUUUUGUGGUGGAAGAGAAACAAGUACAGAGACGUUAGGGAAGAAUGGGAGAUGGAGUAUUGGCCUCACCGUUUUGACUACAAAGAGUUACAUAUUGCGACUAAGGGCUUCCGAGACGAUCAAGUUCUGGGCUCUGGAGGCUUCGGACAGGUGUACAAAGGAGUGCUCCCUGCUAACGGCCACGAAAUUGCUGUGAAAUCCAUGUUUAGAGAGAGCACAGAAGGCCUGAAGGAAUUCAUAGCAGAGAUUUCAAGCCUGGGGCGUUUACAGCACCGGAAUCUUGUACAAAUCAGAGGGUACUGCAGGAGGGAAGCAAAGUUAUUCAUAGUGUAUGACUACAUGCCAAAUGGAAGCCUAGAGAAGAUGAUAUUUCAGAAGACGAAAAGCCUGCUUGCAUGGCCUCACAGGUACAGAAUUCUGAGAGACGUGGGAGCAGGAUUGGAGUAUCUUCAUGAAGGGUGGGAGAAAAUUGUAGUGCACAGAGACAUCAAAUCCAGCAAUGUUUUGUUGGAUUCUGAACUCAAUGCAAAGCUGGGGGACUUCGGGCUUGCUCGUCUAUACGAGCAUACAGAAAACCCACAAACUACUAGAGUGAUGGGUACGCUUGGGUACAUCGCACCAGAGGUCGUACACACAGGAAAGGCCGCUCCCAGUGCAGAUGUGUUCAGCUUUGGUAUUUUAAUGUUGGAGGUUGCCUGCGGGAGGAGGCCUGUGGAUCCCUCUCUGGAUGAUUCCCAGAUCGUCAUGGUGGACUGGGUGAGAAAGCUCCAUGCGAACGGCAAGCUCAUGGAUGCAGCAGAUCCCAAUCUUGGUGGUGAAUAUGUUGAACAUGAGAUGGAGAAGGUGCUCAAAUUAGGACUGCUCUGCUGCAAUCAUCAGGCACAGGCGAGACCUGCCAUCAGACAGGUAUUGCAGAUAAUUGAUGGGGAAGCGCCUCUUCCCACUUUACAUCCGUAUGAGAUGAGUGAAGGGAGAAGUAGUUCAUUUUUAAGUAUAGGAUUUUCUUUUGCCUCCACUUCCACCUCUCGAGAGGGACGAUCAUUUACCUCGACUUCCAUCUCUCGAGAGGGACGAUCAUUUCCCUCGACUUCCAUCUCUCGAGAGGGACGAUCAUUUCGUAGUGGAAAACCUCAACAGAAGUUGUCUACCAUUUACUAAAGGUUACCUUCUUAGAUUUUAAUGGAAGCACUGGAAAGAGGAUGGGUACUUCUUUUGUGCGCACUUGUUGAGCAUAGGAUCCAUUGUUCGGGUCUGACUAUUAAUGAUGUAUUUUAUGAUUUUCGAUUAAGAGAGGAUUAUAUUCCAAUUUAAUGAAUAAAAGCAAUGACUGCCAAAAUAAUAGAUUGUAUAGAUUUUUAUUGAGUGACCAAAUUUUAAAUCUGCUAAAAACAGAUCAUUCUGGAUCCAGAUCCAUUUUCAUUUCCAUUCUCUGGGACUAUACCAUGUACAAAAUAAAAGUAAUAGAUUGGAGCAAUCUACAUAAAUAC